UCCUUUUUAUUUCUUCCGGACAAAACAACGCCACCUGUGAAAGGUUAUCUUUGUCAUUCCAUAGAGAAGUCGCAGACAUUUUCCCCCAAAAGCAUCUCCAUGCUGCUGUGCCGUAUUUCGGCAGUAAGCCGAACGCUAACGAGAUGGGGACGGAGGUCACACCGAGGAGGUGGCCUCCUCUACCGAUCCUUCUUGUGUAGCUCUAGCCGCUGUCAUGGUGUUUCUGCAGGCGAAGGCAACGCUCAGUCUGCAGAGCAGGGCUCUGCCCAGGGACUGUACCGGGACACCGUGAUCCUUCCCCGGACGGAGUUCCCAAUGAAACUGACGGGACAGAAGCUACUUGACAGAGAAGUCCAAAUUCAGGAGAAGUGUGGCUUUGCAAGUCUGUACACUUGGCAAAGCGAAAGGAAGGGCACGAAGAAGUUUUGCCUUCACGAUGGACCCCCAUACGCCAAUGGAGACCCACACGUGGGCCAUGCGCUCAACAAGAUUCUGAAAGACAUCCAUAACCGGUUUGAGAUGCUGAGGGGCCGACAGGUCCACUAUGUCCCAGGUUGGGACUGUCAUGGUCUUCCUAUUGAGCUGAAGGCUCUGGGCGAGCUGGGCGCUGUGGAUCUCAGCCCUCUGCAGAUCAGGCGUCAAGCUCGUCAGUUUGCAAACGGGGCCAUCGAGCGUCAGAAGGCUGCUUUCCAGCGCUGGGGGGUGAUGGCCGACUGGGGCCAAUGCUACUACACCUAUGAUGGUACCUAUGAAGCCGCUCAGCUGAAAGUCUUCCAGGAGAUGCACAGCAAGGGGUUCAUCUAUCAAGAUUACAAGCCUGUAUUUUGGUCUCCUUCAUCAAGAACCGCCUUAGCCGAGGCAGAACUGGAGUACAACCCUGAGCAUCUCAGCAAAACCAUCUACGCCACAUUCCCGCUGGUCACGCUGCCGCCUAAAAUAGCAUCGAAAACAGGUCAGGGUGAUGUUUCUGUAUUGGUGUGGACUACACAGCCUUGGACUAUUCCUGCAAACCAGGCAGUCUGCUACAUGCCAAAUGCCCAGUACUCAGUGGUGAGGAGAAAAGACAACUCCCAAUUGCUCUUAAUGGCCACUGAGCGUUCUGUCACUCUGGCAGCAGUGUUGGGAACAGAACUGGAGAGUGUCGCCACUCUCACCGGAUCGGAACUCGAGGGUGGGAUCUGCAAGCAUCCCACGAUUCCCGACAAGGAAGUACCGCUCUUGCCUGCUAAUCAUGUGACAAUGGCGAAAGGAACAGGAUUGGUCCACACAGCACCGGCUCAUGGCAUGGACGAUUACAGCGUGGCUUCUCAGUUUCAACUCCCUGUGGAGUGUAUGGUCGAUGAGGACGGCAAGUUCACGGAGCUGGCAGGACCGGAGCUCCAGCAUUUGUCCGUGUUUAAAGAAGGCAAUGAAAAAGUGAUCAACAUGCUGAAGGAUUGCGGGGCUUUGGCGAAAGAAGAGGAUUUUGUUCAUAGUUACCCAUACGACUGGAGGACCAAGAAACCUGUUCUUAUCCGGCCCAGCAAACAAUGGUUUAUUAACACGGGCUCACUCAAGGACAAGGCCAAGGACGCGCUGCAAAAAGUUCGCGUUUUACCAGAGUCAGCACGGAACAGCCUUGUGACCACGCUGGACCAACGCACUUACUGGUGCAUCUCACGGCAGCGCAGCUGGGGAGUCCCCAUCCCCGUCUUCUACCACAAAGACACUGGCGAGGCGCUCAUCAACAAGCACACGGUGUCCCACAUUGCCGGACUCUUCAAGACAAAGGGCAGCGACUGUUGGUGGGAGCUUCCAAUGGACACUUUACUGCCAGAAAAUGUGCUCAAGAAGAGUAAAGCAGGACCAGUAACCGACUAUGUCCGUGGAGAGGACGUGCUUGACAUCUGGUUUGACAGCGGAGCAUCAUGGGCCGCUGUCCUGGAAGAGACAGACAGCCGAGCAGACGCGUACGUGGAAGGGAAGGACCAGAUCGGAGGCUGGUUUCUCUCGUCGCUGCUCACCAGCGUCGCCGUCAGGAACAAGGCGCCUUACAAAUCACUGGUGGUCCACGGGUUUGCAGUCAACGAGAAGGGAGAGAAAAUGUCCAAGUCCCUUGGGAAUGUCGUGGAUCCGGAUGCAGUCAUCAAUGGCAGGAAGGACGGCAGCAUCCCAGCAUACGGGGCAGACGUGCUGCGAUGGUGGGUGGCAGAGUCAAACAUAUUUUCCGAAGUUCAGAUCGGACCUUCGGCCCUAACGUCAGCCCGAGACAACAUCAACAAGGUCAGAAACACUUUGCGGUUCCUGCUGGGCAACCUGCACGGCUUUGACCCGCGGGCUCAGGCUGUGGAAGCCAAAGAGAUGAUGUACGUCGACCAGUACAUGUUACACUUGCUGCGCGAGUACAGCAUGAAGGUGACAGAUGCUUACAAUGAGUUUGAUGCUGGCCGAGUCAUACGCCUCCUCCAAGCCUUCAUCACCAGAGACCUCUCCAGCUUUUAUUUCAGCAUUAUCAAAGACAGGUUGUACUGCGAUCCGGAAGAGUCGCUAGGCCGAAGAUCGUGUCAGACGGCCUUAGAGGAGAUUUUGGACGGGGUGAUGAGAUCCAUCGCCCCCAUCUUGCCUCAUUUGGCUGAAGACGUAUACGCUCAUGCACCAGGACAUGACGAAGAGGAAACGCUAUUCAGGAGCGGCUGGAUCAAAUCCAGUUCUGUGUGGAAGCAACCUGGACUGGAGGAGGCGGUGGAAGGGGCCUGCGCCAUCAGGGACUCCUUUUUGUCUUCUAUUCCGGGCAAAAAUGCGGCCCAGUAUGACCUCACCAUUGCCAUUGAGCCGGGGCUACUGUUUGAACUUAUGGAGUCUCUCCAAGAAGAUCCCUCAUCUACUUCCUCGCAGCUUGUAGAACUCAUGAUGGCGGCUCGGGUCAACCUGAGCAGCGCCUUGCCUCGUGACCUACCUUCCGACACCCUCGUUAACCGCGGCACGUUCCUCAUCAAUUUGGAAGGUGGUGUUAUUCGAGAGGAGGGCAGCUACAGUAUAGCGGCCGUGCCCACCUGCGCCGAUCGAUGCCCGCGAUGCCGACGCUACACGGCGGAGUCGCCAGAUUGCCUGUGCCCACGCUGUCAGACUGUUCUCGCCAAAGCUUAGGAAUGGAUCAGAUCCAGCUCAUCGCCAUGGAAACUUGCUGCUUACGUCCUCACGCUAAGCAAUCGGUCACACAAAGGGCUUCCCAAAGACUUUACAACUUCAUGAUGUUGAGGAUGUUUACUGUAUUUAUAUUAUAAUGGAGUGCACUGAAGUUGAGUCUAGCAAGGAGGCCAGUCAAAGGGUGUUUUACUUUUGUGUAUAUAUCAAGAAUGAGUUCUCUACAGAAGCGUCACUAUGUGAUUAUGACAGCAGGACAUGAGGCAUCGUCUACCUUUUGUGUAAUAAAUCAUAAAUCAUCUAAUAUGUA